UAAAAUGGUAAAAGAGAAGUUUGAUUCUAUCACAAAAGAUAGAUUGAAAAUCAAAAAAGAAAUAAACAAGGAUUCAACUAUUACAGACACGAAGGACGAAACAACAAAAAUACCGCACGAGGAAGUAAAAAAACCGAAGAAAAAUAAAAUAAAACACAAAAAAGCCAAACGGUUCUCCGUUGUAACAGAAUAUACAACCGACAAAUUCUACGACUCUGAAGAAAUAUACAAUAUUAACGAUAGGAAAACAACAAAAGUUACAAAAAAGAAAGGUAAAGGUAAAAACAAAAGAAAACAUAAAAAAAAUACAAAAUCAACAGCACGUUCCCGCUUUAUGACUUUGUACGUAGAAGAAUAUACUGGAAAGGUAAAAAAGAUAAGAACAAGAGAGAAAACGGCUAAAUACAAACACAAUACGUGGAAAGACAAAACUAAGAAAACGAGAAGUAAAAAUAAAAAAGAAAAAACUAAAUACAAUACUCAUACAGACUCUGAUGAAUAUAAUAAAAAGACAACUACAGCUAAGAGGUACAAAGAUCUUAGAAACGAAAAACCAACGAAACACCACAAAAAAUCCAAAAAAUACUCAAAACGAUCUGAAACAACUAAAAAGUCUCGUAAAUGGUUGAGACUACCAAGAGAGUCUUACGAAGGCAUCUCUAUAGAAUCAUUCGAGACUAAAUCGUAUAGAAAGAAUAUUGACUUCGACGAAUUUCAAAAUCGGACUGCAAAUAUACAAAAUAUUACUAAAUCGACAAUUCUAAAUACUGCUACAGAAAGAAUUGAAGUUACAGCUACAACAGAAUUAAAUACUUUUGGAACAUUAGAUUUUUGGCCUGGUACUGGCUUAGAAAAGUCUAAUUCUCAAAAGGUCCUUAGUUCUAAAGCUUUCGGAAAUGUUACUACCACCCCCAAACCUCUACUAAAAAGUAUUGAAAAUAAUACGUUUGAAAACGGAGAGAAGAUAUCAAAAAACGGAACGCUCCGGUUGAUUGAUUUAAAAGUUAACGACUUUGAAAUUUCUACCAAACUACCAACUACCAAAAACAUGAAGAAAGAAAACAAAUUAACUACUAAACAAACGAAAACUACACAAAAACAAAAGGUGACAACAAAGAAAACCAAAUUACCUUUAAUGAUACGACGUAGCAUCGGAACAUCCGUAAAAAAUAAAAUUACUACCGUAAAAAAAACUACUACUGCUACUAAAAUUACAAAUACUACCAUUUCUACUAACGUCACAAAACCUAUAUUCAAUUUAGGAGAAUAUUUGAACCAAUCAGAGAUUUUAAACACAGCAGAUAGAGAAAAGAAAGAUAAAAUACAAGAAAAGAUCUUAAAGGAUAUGCAACUUAUAUUUUCUCCGACUGCUACAACUACAAAAGCAACGAAAGUAUUUACUGACCCUUUUAACGAAAUAGACAAAGCUUUUGACGUGUAAUCAAUGUGUUUUCAU